AUGCUCCCACUUGGACUUGUCAAGAAAUCCAAACAUUGGAACUCGACCGCGAAUGGCUGCUUAUCUAUGGCUUCUCUUGUUCAUUCACCCGUUGCGAACCCUUUCAGUUCACGCAUGAGUCUCCGUCCCGCUUUGACCCAAAAAGCCAUCAAAAGCGAGGCCAUUGACGGUCCUCACUCAUCAUCCUUUAACCUCGCUACCAAGCCUGUCGCCUCGACUCCACAAUCUAACCUUGUCUUCGACAAUCGCAUUCACUUUGCGGACUCUCCUGUUACUAAAGCUGUUGCUUCGACUCCACAAUCUAAAUUUGUCUUCGACAAUCACAUUAACCUUGCGAACUCUCCCGUUACCGAAGACAGCGCUUCGAUUCCACCAUCUAAACUUGUUUUUGACAAUCACAUCAACCUUGCGAACUCUCCCGUUACCAAAGCCGUCGCUUUGACCCCAUCAUCCAACUUUGCUGUUUGGGAAUAA